CAUUCUGAGCUUGUCUAGCCAGGGUGGCUCUGCCAGACUGGACUGUACGAGCCGCUCUGUCCUGGAUUCACCAUGUGCACAGUGGUCUCGUAAACGUGGAAUGUGAUUUUGAUUUUGAGAGAGGGUUUUGUGGAUGAGGGGCAGAUAUUGCAACACAGAGGAACUCCAUGCCCUCGGGAAAGCCUAAUCACUGGCCAAGUCCAGGAACAGAGCCCAGAGCAGGCAAGAGGAGCAAACUGGACUGGCCACAGUGAGAAUUUGGAGUUUGUGGACGAGCAAUGGACAGCUGGACUCUACAGGGGGACAGCUACUCCUUCCUGCGCAGUGCACCCCAUCGUAACUUUUCCCUGUGUCAUCGUGACGGCACCCCAAACCACGUUGAAAUCUUUGACAUCAUCAACGUCCCUCAGCGCAGUGCCAUUUCAGAGACAACCUGCCUUUGUGACAUAUUUGGAGACGACUGUGAGUCAGCCUCCCUCUCAAGCAGCCCUGCUGCAGGAGCUUUUAUCAUUUCCCAAAGGGAGGUGGACGGGACAGCUGCUGCAUCACCUCUGGUGGAUGAUCUGAACGACUCAGGCUCCUACCACACUGCACCGGGCUCUAGUGAAGGAGAGGAGGGCUUUGAAGAUUCAAGAGAAAGGUUUAACAGCCCCUUGUUGCAGGGCGAGUCUUCAGAGAGCAGGCAGUUCGAGGGCCAGAAAAUAAGCUCAGGACAUUCAGACGUUUCGGAGAAAAGUGGCCCAAAUUUUGAAACAGAAAGCAAAUCUCCAGCACUUCAGCUUGGUACAGAUUGCCCAUUACCUGAAGUCCUAAAUAGUGGUGAGAGGACCCCCUCUUCUGGACAAAACAGCCCCUAUACCCUCAGUACAGAAGGACGAGCAUUAUCCUUGUCUUCUUCCCCAGUUGAAAAGAGAUGUUCACCCUCCUCCCCUGGUGCUAGAGAAUCUGAACCAAGGACAACCACUCCAACUGUCAAAGAUAGACAUAACAGUCCCUCCUCUGAACCUCUGAACUGUGUCAGCUCUUCCCCCUCUGAAUCAGUGAACACACAACCGUUAACUGAGUUGAGAGCAGCACAAGGCUCUCCAGAGUCAAGGAAUAUUUACUAUAAUCAACACAGCAGUCCCUCACCUGAGCCCACAUCCAAAGAUUCUUUUCAAGAUUUGACAGAAUCUGCUUUUGAAACUCGAGCCACGCUUUCAUCUCCUUUACAUUCAUCCAGUAGUAGAGAGUUAUUAUCCCAGUCUAGAGAAACACUGGCCUCUCCUGAGCUGAAUAAUAGACCCUACUCCCCUGAGACUCGAGCCUCAUCACCUUUUUCUGAGCUAAGAGGGAGGGUAUCCCUGCCUGAUCUCCUCAGCAGAGGCUCCACACCCGAUAUUGAAGAAUCUCCCUACACCCCUGAGCUGAUCUCAGAUCCUUCUCCUCCAGAAAGAGACACUGUGACUACUCCUGAGAGCCAAGAUACAAAGUUUACUCCUGAAAUUGUAAGUACUGUGUCUACACCUGGCCCACAAUACACACCGCCAUCACCUGUCAUUUCAAUAUCAACAUCUCCUGAAAUUGUGGAGAACAGUGUCUCACCUGAAUUAAGACACAUAGCUCCCUCUCCUGGACUGCUCAGUGUAGCUUCUUCUGGGACAAGAACUCCGUCUCCCAGCCUCUCACAUAAAAUAGAGCACAUUUCAACACAUUCUGAAAGCAGUACCCAGGUGUCUUCACCUGUGGUAAGUCACAGUUUAUCUCCUUCACCGGAAGUUAAAAGCAACAACUCUCCCAUUGAGCACAGAGACACUGCUCCUUCACCUGAAAUCAGGAUUACAGCAUCCUCACCUGAGGUCAGUAGGAGAGAGUGGCCUUCUGAGGCGGAGACAACAUUUACGUCUCCUUUCCUAGAGCUUCACCCUGACUCAGCCUCACCAACAAGUGGCACUUCGUCCCCUCAUAUCACAGGGAUUUCUUACUCUGUUGUCCAGCCAGAGGACAGGGACACUUCCCCAUUUGCUGAACUCUUUGGCCUCUCCACCCCUGAGCCUGAUAGGACACUUGAGUACCCUGAAGUAAAGAGCCCUACCCCAAGCAGAGACAGUAUUCAGAGCAGUAUAGCAGAGUCCACUGGUACACCAAGAGGCUCCCCUCACAAAUUGGCCCUCACAAACUCUGUCCUGCAGCCUGAAAAAACGUUGUCAAACCAACCCAGGUAUCUUACACCUUCACCUCAGCCAAAACAUCACACUCCCUCCCCUGAGCCAAGAUAUCCUACUGCUUCAUCGGACAAGUCUCAAAGUCCCUCAUCUCAGCAUAGGAGUAGAGAUCCAUCACCUGUUGUCCUAUCUCCUGAGCAUUCACCAGCAACCCUCUCCACUGGGUGCAGCCCUCACUACACACUACCUACUCCUCCUCUAAGAAAUACACCUGAGGUUGAGGAGAAUAACACAUCGGUUGAUAUUAUAACACAAUAUCCCACACAUUUGGAAAACAAGAGUGUGUCACCCUUAUUUGAAUUAGAAAGGGGAGACAUAUCAGUUGUAGCUGAAAUCAAGAGCAGUUCGCCAGUGCAGUCAACUUUAUCCCCUUCACCUUUCUUAGCUGAGGAAAAGGUAGACAGUUCACUGAAAAAACAAAGCACUGAGAGAGAGGCAACACCAAAAGAAGAUAACCUUCAGGAAAACUCAGGUUUAGCUUAUUUUCCUGAGGAAAAACUAACCAUUAGCCCCAGCUUAGAAAGAAAGAAAGAAGUCACUUUUAUCAAUCCCCCCACUGAAAUCAAGUGUCCCUCCCCUAAUCUUCUAGUCUCUAAAGUUGGGAGUCCAAGUAUUCCCCUUGUCUACAGGGCUUCAUCCAACUCAGAGGAAAACUCACAGCCUCAAUUCAAUACUUAUUCCCCAACUUCUGAAAGCAGCUGCUCAAUAAAAUCAUCUUGUACACCUGAGCCUGCGAGAAGAGGGCUGUCAACCAAAGUUGGACGUGAAAACAGAGAGAGGAUAACAGAGGACAUGGCCCACCAUGUAAACAGAAGGCGGACUCCAUCUCCGCCAAUUACCAGGUUUACACCUGUCCAUAUUAUAGCCCCUGAGAAACCAUACAGACAGUGGCAGAACAGAAGCCAUAGCCCCUCUCAGGCUGUAGCAUCUUCACCAAGUGGUCAUUUAAAGAAAGCGGUGACAAAUAGGGAAAGCCCCAAUACUGCCCAUGUUGACAAUAAUAGCCAGGCUCACUGGGUCAGGCAAGGAAGGCAAUUGGAGAUGGAGAGGGAGAGGGAAAUGCAGCUGGAGGACGAUAGGGACUUAGAAAGGGAGAGGCAAAUGGAUAGAGAGAGGAAAAAGAGGGAGGAGCUGGUUCCUGAAAAGGGGAAGGGUUGGCAGGGGGACGCCAGUUACAGAGGGGAACAGGUUGAGCUGUCAUUCAAUGCCAGGAAUAGAAAAGGGCCUGCGAGUCGCAGCGCAGCUCCCACAAGCAGAGAGACUCGCCAGGGACUGCCAACAGUGCAUUCCUAUUCAGAGAGCUUGCUUGCCACCAGACAGCUACAGCAACAACAGAGUCUGCUCAGACUUGCCUCCCAACAAGACACCAGGGGUGGUGGUACCAGCAGACGCCUUCAACCUUCAGCACCCCACAACAAGAACAGUGUUCCAGGACGCAGGGCUGCAAACAGGCCCGGACGUAGUUCCAGCUCCAGUAUGGGAAGUGAGCUUGAUGAUGCAGACAAUGAGGUGAAGUGGAUUUCAGACUUGGCUUUCAGCAGCCUGUCAAGCUCUGAGAUGGAUUACCUUGACAUGUACAACUCUAGCCACCGUUCAUCCACCAACAUUUCUCAACCGUCCACACAGGAGAGCCCAGCUGGGGUCAAUUCCUCCUGGCCGGCAUAUGCUGACUUCAGGGGUUCUGCUCCCAAGCUGGACAACGAAGAACUCUUUCUGCAACAACCAUCUGCAUACUACACAGAGGGCCUCAAUCAGUCAAGGCACUCUGAGAUGGGUAACUAUGAGUGCGUAGAUGUGGCCGUGGAAAGACAGGACUCCAGGAGGGUGAGAAGGGGAGUGCCAAAGAGACAGAUCCAGCUGAAGAAAAGGAAUCAUGCAGAAGGGAAGCAGGAUGAGAGCAGUGAAAAUAGCAGUCCUGUGUUACCAGGGAUGGUGGAAAGCCCCUCUCUAGAGGGUCAUUCCAGAGAGACAUUCAUUAGACAACACAGUACACCAGCAGCAAUGCAAGAAUGCUACCCUUCUGAGCCAAGCCCUGAGCCCACUCAACAAAAUGACAGAAGAUCCAAACUCAAGAAAUCUGCGUCUCUGGAUGAAACAUUCACCAAAACCAAGAUAGCCACUUGUCUUAUCAAAAGUGUGUUAUCCAAGAAGAUGCAGAGUGUUGAGAGACAUUCUGAUGAGCAGGCAGGAGAAGAAGAAAGCCCUGCUUUUGAGGUAAAUAACCCAGCAACAGAAUGUGCAGUGGCACCACUCAAAGAGUCCCCAAAACCUAAUCUGAGUUCCAGUCUUCAAUCAGAGUAUAUAUCUGAGGGUCCUCCUGUGAGAAGAGAACCAAACAAUGAGGAUAGAGCUAAACCAACACAAAACUUUGGAGGGAGAUCGAGUAACAGGCCAAGUUCAUCCAGCAGCAGUCGAAGUGUUAACUUUUCACAUUCUGAGAGUGAAGAUGCUGAUUCUCAAAGCAGGAAUCCAACCUCACUGAAAUCUGAAAUAAGAUCAGAAUUGAAAGUGCCAUUGCAGUCAAGAACUGGAGUGAAACGAGCAGAUGAAAGUAAAACAUGGGACGGAACGGAGGAUGGUGAAACAGUAGCUCAUUCUGCCACUGGAGCCAGCAGCACGCAGGCCAGGGUGACAAACAGAGACCAGGAAUGUGUAAACAAAGAGGACCAUAAACAACUUCAACAGGCUGCCAAGGGCUCCUACAUGUCACAAACACAGGAGAUUACACUCAAAGCCGUGGAAAAAAAGAAAACCUCCCUUAAUGUCUGUCUCACACCUGAGGCAGAAAUCAGACCUUGGGCUUCUUCCCCAGAUAUAAAAGAGGGUAGUCUAGACACUAGUGUAGACGAGAAAUCAGAAGAGGAAGAAGAAAAUGGGAUUAAUAAAGUUAAGGUCCCCAUUCACAAAGUUAGAGAUGUGAGGCGGCUUGUAAAAAAUACAUAUAACCUUUCCUUCAAGGCAACUAGUGCUGUAUUGCCAUCAAAUGGGGUUGAGGAAAGGAUGGACAUUUUAAAUGAGGAAAGAAAGGAACAAAUUCAAGAGGACAGGAGGGAAGCGAUAAUUGCACAGAGAGAGAGAGAGGCAAGAGAGGAGAUAAAGAGGGGGAAGAGGAUGGAGGAACAGAAAGAGGACGCAAAAGAUCUAAAGCUGCCAACCUUAUCUCCACCUCUUCAGAGGAAAGGAAGCCCUCUCGCUCGUCCACAGCCAAUGCAAAUACAAUACAAAGCUGUUUGCUGGAAAGAAGGCAAACAUAAAAUACCAUGUGGCAAGGACGACUCAGAGAAUCAAUGUGACAAACCAGAUGCUUCUCAAGAGCUCAUCGCAAAGGUAAGCAGACAAUCCCCUUCGAAUGCUAACACAAAAAUGUACACCACAGAAAAUAAAGUAAUUGCAAAGCCAUGUCAACAUGGUCCAAACAUGGCAGAAGCAACACAAGAGACUAUGACACAAAUCCAUAAAGUGCAAGGGGAUGAGAACAAACCUGCGAUGGUUAGAACAGACAGGAAACCUCCCAUGCUCGGGAGCCUCCCCAAAAUGGCCAGUAAGGAGAGAGAGGUUUCCACUGCUGUAGUAUUAAUAAGGGAUGGAUCCAGCCAAACCAAAACAUCUGCAUCUCCAGCUGGGGAAGAGAAGCCCACGCCGCUCCAAGCCCCAGCUGCUUCACUUUCACCUGGGCCCGCUAACACAGGUAGCAGUGGGCACUCAGUUUCCAUGUUAUUAAAGGAAAAAGGCUUCCAUGCUGACAUUGGAGCAGUAGUGGGUGACAACCAGAAUGCACCUGGAGAUAAAGGGGUUCCCCGUAAGCAUGUGAACAGCCUAGAGGUCCCUCUUCAGACCACCGCUCCUUCAGAUGGUGGUCGGAUCGAGUCUCAUAGAGAGAGGACGUUCUCCUCCUCAUCAACCACAUCUGGGCCCUCAGUAGAAUCUGACAACACAGACACAAUUACAAGAACCAGAGAAAAUGAGAUAAUAAGCAGUAAGCCUAUGGUGAAAGACACUGCAAAGCAAAAAACUGCUCCUCCAUUGAGGAAUAUGCAGGAGCAAACAUCUCCCGCCAAAGCAAAGGAACAUGGAGAUUUUGAAGCAGUGAAAAGACAAGAUCCAACUUUCCCCCCAAGGUCACCUGGAGUAAGAAGAUUUAGACCGCAACCAAUUGAGGUUAAGUCCCUGUCUAAAGAAACACAGAAACAAGAGACGCCCACAAACUCUACAGGAAACAGCAGGCCUCAAGCCAUUGAAGUUAAAUCUAUAGCUAAAAAUUCUCAAAAGCCAGUGGUGCCUCCAAAACCAAGCUGCAAGUUUAUACCUGCAGAUUUAGGAGCAAUGCCAAAUCAAGCACAGAGACCAUCAGUAACAACCUCUACUGUCAAACCAUAUGGCGAGGAGAGGCCUCAAACAAUUGUUGUGUCCUCACCAACAAUCUAUAGAAAGAUAUCCAAUGACUCAACAUCAACAUCAAACUAUUCGAGAAAACUUGCUGUGUCUGCAGUUUCCAGCCUCAAACCUCCACCUUGCAAAGCAACAGCAACCACCAUCUCCAAUCCCUCAAACCCGUCAACAACCACAUCCGAGACAGAGGCAUCCAACGACAAAGGUCAGCAGCAAAAGCCAGGGGCGUUGCCUCAGAACUCUAGAUAUACGCAAAGACCGACAACAUUUGCUACAGCUCCAAUAUCAGCCACAGGGCCAGUUUUAACCUCAGGUCCAGGUCCAGUGUCUGACCCACAAGUUAACCCUGUCAAUGUCCGUGACUCAGCUGGAGCCAACCAGCCAACACAGCCAGCUGUUAUGGAGCCAGAAAGCCAACCCCAGUAUCCCAGGACGGCAUACCCUAAUGAACAAUCUAUGCCAGUAACUUCAAACAAUACAAAAUAUCCCGCUGCUGGUUCAACACAAGUGCCAGGAUACAUGCACCAGCCGUACCGCAGAUCGCUGUCCAGAGAGCGCUCCCAAUGGACAGAUGACCUGCGUUUUUAUGCCUCAGAUGACCCGCCAAGCUACGAUGAAAGAGAGAGCUUCAGUCCCCUCUUGCUCCCAGAUCUGACAGCAAAGAGGUCAAAUCGCUAUCAGCCCGCCUCCCGCCCCCCUCCCUGCUCCUGCACAGCUGGCUGCCCUUCCCACCCUGGUCUCACCUCUUCUCACCAUCACCACAGCCCCCAUACCCACACUCCUCCAGCUGCUCCACACUCUCCAGGCCAGGCACUACCUUACCAAGUGGCUCAGCCUCCGCCCCGCCCCCAUCAGUGCAGACCUGACCCUCAGCAGAUGAGCUACCAGCGCGGCUCUCCUAAAGCAAGUCCCCUUGGUCCAAGCCAGCCCCCCACCAUGUACCAGCCUCUCCUCCAGCCUCCUCCUUGCCCACCCCAUCCAUCACUUAUGCAGACCUGCCCUGCUGUGCCCACCCAGCAUAUUGACCCUCGAAGACCCCCUGUACACAGAUCCCCUCAGCAACAGCCACCUGGCAUGGCUGGGGCUCCUUACAGUGAUCCUGGCCACAACCACUCUCCUGGCCUUCCUCCAAUGGAUCCCCAGUACAUGUGUGGCAAUCAAAGUCUGGGGCCUUCCUAUGGGUCUGAAUAUGGGGGCGACAGCUCCAGUUUAUACUCAGAGAGUAGCUAUGGACAGACCCCUCGAAGAGUGCUCCUAGAUCCUGAGACAGGGAAGUAUUUUUACAUUGAAGUGCCUGUACAGCCACUAAGGAAAAUGUUGUUUGACCCUGAGACUGGCCAAUAUGUGGAAGUGCUCAUCCCGCAGCAAGCAAUGUCACAUUCAGGCUUGUACCCCCCUUCAGCAGCCCCCUACACAUCUCUCCACAACCCCAACAUGUAUGCUCCUGCUCCGCAGUACAUGCCCUAUGCAGCUCCUCCUCCCCAAGCCCACCCCCAGACACAGCCUCAGCCUCCCCGAUAUCCUGAAGCUGCAUCAACAAUGCACCCAGGGGGGCCUGGGGUCAGCUACAGAAAUCCCUCCGGCCAGGGGCCCAAGCCAGAGCCCCAGAACCAUCCACCACUUGACCAGAGCUACCUGGAGAGUAUGUAUUAUGUCCCCACAGGGAUGAAUGCAAGUCCCAAUCCCACCCCACCAGACUAUUACCACAAACAUCCCCCCAACCUACCCCCAACAGGAGGGAAAAGGUCCUGAAAUAGAGGACAGAGGCCGCCUUCCUGGAGCCUGUUGGUUUUAAAUACACAGUGUAUAAAGGGGGGUGUCAAAUGUUAGCCUGUAAUGUUAUUUGAGUUUUCACAUUGCAACUGAAGAUAUUAAUUAUUUUGUUGUUGUGUAUUUGCUGCUGCUUGUUCUGUGCUAGGCUGUUUGAAUAGCACAAGAUAUAUCAUUCUUGAGUUUAUAGUUUUGAAAACAAGAAAGUUAGCCUUUUCUAUGAGGUGUUCUCAAGAUUAUUACAUUUAAAAUGAUAUUUACACUUUUUGUCACUUUUGAUACAUAACAUCACUGGUAAUGCAAUGGCACUACACAUCAUGUUGUUAACUGAUUUACUGAUGUGUUAUCUUUAACAGAAACAUCUAAAAAAACAGUUUUAAAAGAACCUAAUAUUUAUGUUGUUAUUGUGUUUUUUGGAUGAUUGAGUUUGUGCACCUGAUGUCUGCAAUGAAAAUGCCAAUAAAUGUUGUCACAUAAGAAA